AUGAGGAGGACAACAAUGCUCAUUAGGGCUAUUAAUGAGAAUCGGGGCAAGAGUCAACAAGGUCGUGGCAAGCCUUAUGAUGCUCCAACUGGCAAGGGUAAGCAAAAAGCUUUUGAGGGCAAGAGAACUAUUAGUGGAGAUGCUCCUGCUGGUAUUGUGUGCUUCAAGUGUGGCAAGGCUGACCAUAAGAGUAAUGUGUGUACUGUUGAAGCGAGAAGGUGUUUCCGUUGUGGAAAUUUUGGACAUGCGUCGUCUGAUUGCAUGCAUAAGGAGAUGGUUUGUUUCAACUGUGGUGAAGAGGGCCACAUUGGAAGUAAGUGUCAGAAACCCAAGAAGGAGCAAGCUAGUGGAAAAUUGGGUCUUGUGUUAUCUUCCAUGAAUGGAGAGAUGGUCAUCGAUACUCCGGCUAAGGGAUCAGUGACUACUUCUCUUGUGUGUUUAAAGUGUCCCGUGUCGAUUUUCGACAGAGACUUUGUUGUUGAUUUUUCUGUGAGGUUCUCUAUUUCGGAAGAGGAAGGUGUGGAAUUGUUGUCUGCUAGACAGCUGCGCAUGUUAAUGAAGGAAGAAGUGCAAGUGUUUGCGUUGGUUGCAUCAAUGUCUGUUGAGAAUCAAGCGAUAAUAGCAUAUUUGAAGAUGGUGCGAUAA